CAGAGUGAAUCAUUCGGACACUGUGUGUGUGUGUGUGUACGGUGUUGUGUUCUGUUCAGGACUUUGUAAUAGCAGUAGAGUGACUUACUAAAGUGUAAAGAUGAGUGUGAAUUUUGUUAAGUGUAACUCGGUGUUAAUCACCGGGACGAGCAGAGGUCUGGGUCUGCAGAUGGUCAAACAUUUAGUGGGAAUCUCUGAGAGACCGAAGAAGAUCAUCGCCACUGCCAGGAAUCCAGCCACAGCUCAGGAGCUGCAGCAAAUUGCCAAAUCUCAUGCUGAGGUUCAUAUCGUGCCUUUAGACGUGGUCAAUGAUGCGAGUAUUGAAGCUGCAGUUCAGAAGGUGUCGAGCAUCGUGGGUCCUGCGGGGUUAAACUGCCUGAUCAACAACGCAGGGAUCGCGAUCAUGUCGGACCUGAACUCAGAGACACGUGAUGGCAUGAUGAAGACGUUCCAGUGCAACACCAUCUCGCCUCUGUUCAUUACCAAGGCGUUCCUGCCGUUAUUACGAGCAGCGGCGGCGGUGGCGGUGUGUGACGGCGGUGCGAUGAGUGUGAACCGAGCUGCAGUGAUCAACAUGUCCUCGGUGCUCGGCUCUCUGCAGCUCAACUGGGGAGAAGGAGCUGCUACUAAACUUCACGGUUACAGAGUGUCGAAGGCGGGUCUGAACAUGGUGACGCGAAGUUUAGCAGUUGAUCUGCAGCCGGACGGGAUCCUGUGCACGGUGGUUCAUCCCGGCUGGGUGCAGACUGAUAUGGGAGGAAAACAGGCUCCGCUGACUCCCGAGGAGAGCAUCUCGUCUCUGUUAGCCGUGGUUUCUGCGCUGAGUGAAAAGGAUCACGGGCAGUUUUUGGACUACGAGGGGAAGAAUUCGCCCUGGUGAACACGCACAUCAGCGACUCGAUCACAGACAGCUGGGGAUUAAUUAAAUCUAAAAUUAAAUAUAAUCAGGUGCUGAUUUCAACUUUCAAAUUUGUGUCACUUCCUGGAUAAGAUCAACCUUAUUUGCAUAUUAAAUCAAUUAUUGAUUUAAAAAAUUUGAAUUAAAUCAAAUCAAAACAAUGUAUAUUUGUUUGGAAAUACUGCUGUGAUUUUAAACCCUUGUGAUCUUGUGAUGGGAAAAACAGAUUUUCUGCUUGCUGUUGUAGCUAAAAAUCACCCGUGAGCCUUAUUCUAUUAUUCAAAUGAAAAUAUAUUAAUAAAUAUUCUACAUCACUCUCCUAAUAAA